AUGGCUGGUCCCGGUGCAUGUGGCUGGUGGUCUUCCUGGCCUUGUUCACCUGCGUGUCCCUCCUCACCGUGUUCUCCACGGCCCGCGCCUCGGCCGUGGGGCCCGACGUCAUCAGCAGCGGACAGGGUGGUGGCGGAGCCUAGCCUCGGUGGUGGCGUGGAGGGCCGCGGAGAGACUGGAGUGCCGGUUCCCGCCGGGACACCCACCAAGCUGCUGCUGAUGGCAGUGGCGGUCGCGGCGGCUGCUUCCGGCGUCAGUGUCGGCGGCGGCCCAGGUGGCCGCGGAGGGGGCGCUGGAGCACCGGAGCCCGUGGAUCCCGCAUGGGCGGGCUCGACGCCGAUGGUGGCUACUGCAGUGGGGCCCGACCUCGACGGCAGCGGUUGCGUGGAGGGCCGCGGAGGGGCCGAAGCGCCGGAUCUAGCGGGGACGGCCUUGGGUCCACCGCCGGCAGCGUCCGACGCUAGCUUUCGCGCGGGCGGCCACGGAUCCCGCGGAGGCGCCAGAGUGCCAGAUCCUGCGACAUCUGUGGUGGGGAGGGUAGGGGAGGUGGAGGGGGAGGAGGAGGGGGAGGGGAGGGCAGGGGGCGCCGGCGCCUGGGAGGCGGCCGGCGCCGCCGGCGGCAGCGGGUGGAAGGCCAUCACGUCGGGGCUCUCGAAGGGUUCAGUGGUUCUCCUGGCCAUAAGAUCUCAAGGUGGUGAACAAGCUCUCAUGCAGACAAUGAACCGUGCGCGUGAACUCUAUGCGCAGAGAUUGCAGGCCACUCCUAGUGUUGAUGAGCUUGCCUCUUUGCUUGCCCAAUGUAACAUAGCAGAGGCUCAGUCAACAAAUACUAACCCUUCACAAGGACCUGGAUCAGACCCUGUCGAUAUGCUGAAUUCUGAUGAGACCUGCAUUCUUGCUGAGAGUGGAAGGAAGCAGAUAAUCCUGGAUGCGUUUGCCGAUGGGAGCAGCUUCAUUUGCUUGAAAUGUGGUGGGCUCUUUAGCACAUCUCGCAAGGACAAGCACUUGGCCUACUGGUGCGGGACUGCAUGA